AACAUCGACCUGUAUGAAGCUCGCUGGUCAUGGACACCCUGGGCAGGCUGCUGCUGCUGGCUACACUGUUUCUGACUCCCGCUGAGGCCCAGCAGGCUUCAGAGCGCCGCCUGAAGCCCUGGCUGGUGGGCCUGGCUGCUGUAGUGGGCUUCCUGUUCAUAGUCUUCAUCCUCAUGCUGGUUAAUCGUGUGUGGUGCUCCAAAGACAGAGCAGAGGAUGAAGAGGCUACAUUCAGAAUGGACCACAUUGUGAAUCAGAACUCAAAGCCAAGUAAAGCAGACAAGAAGAAGCAGAAGGUGGGCAGGAAGGGUGGACAGAGCAAUGAAGGCUUGGACCUGGAGGAGGAGUUCUCAGACGAUGAGAGAGACAAGAAAACAGCCUUGUAAAGAAAGCCUCCUGUUGCCUGGGGGGCUCCAUCAAGCUGCAGCCACCACCUGAAACCAGACUGGUGUCAUCUGGGUCUAAAACUGCCCUCCAAUGAGGAGGCCAGCCUUGCCUAUGCCACACUCAUCCCCCCACUCCUCCACUGACGCCCCCCCACUGACGCCCCCCCCACUGAUGCCCCCCCCACUGACGCCCCCCCACUGACGCCCCCCCACUGACACACUCACCACUGGCCUGGUAUCCACUCCUGUUCAUCUGCCUUCCUGCAUCCUUUCUCAUGUCCAAUGUGCCCCUCUCCAGGCACGUUCCUGGUGUCACCUAACUGUCCCCUACGUCUCUGAGCCCCAGUGCUGCUCUUGGUGGCUUUCCACCCUCUGUGCUAUGUGCUGGUGCCUUGGAGGAGAGACACCCCGUGGUCCAAGCUCUUUCAGCCAGAGUCUCUUCUCUGUCUUGACUCUGCCUUAUGGUCACUCGGUUCUCUGUGAGGACAAGUCCUCCAGGGCAGGCUGUGUUUGGCAGACAGUUCCAGCAAUGACCACCAGAGGGCAGGGUCACCUCCCAGCACCUACCCUUAAUAAAGGCCCCUAAUGGUGUA